UGGUUCAGCUAUUCUCCAACAUAAAGUUGUGCAAGCAAGUGAUGAUUUAUCCCCGUGGCUACAGCAGCUCCAGAAUUAAAAGUAAAGAAAAUCAACAACCAUUCUCAUCCAGCAAAAUGCCGUCGUUAAGUUUUAACAUGCGUGAGCCAAGUCUUAGUAGUAGUAGUAAUCGUACCAGUAAGCGUACGAUUUCUUCCUCCUCCUCGUCUUCGGCGGCCUCCGACUCUUACUGUGUUUCGUUGGCUGUAGGACCGCUGUGGUGGUCCGAUGUCCCAACAAUCAGGACCGAUCACGAUAGGGCCUCUCCCUUGAAGGAAUACAAUCGCAAGGAUUCUUUCGAUUCGACUACGACCACCGCUUCUUCUGAGUACUAUGAUCUGGAUUUCCCCGAAUCGACCGUCGACUAUCUGAACCACCAGGAAGCUGCCGUAAUACAGGAAGUGUUGAGCCAAUCCGUUCCAACACCGAUUACGCUGAAGCUCUUCGUAACACCGCAGAAGUGCAGCAGCUGGGAGACGGUCUUCAAUCCAAACGAAAACAUUCUGUACGUAUCGCUACCGUCGGCAAUGUCACACGAGGCGUCGAAGCAUUCCUUCAUUUCACUUCUCGAGUUUGCCGAAGAGAAGCUGGAAUGUGACGCGGUCGUGUUGUGCAUUCGCAAAGAUCGACUGGACCGCCCGAACCUGGUGCGGACGUUUUCGUUUGUCGGGUUUCAACCACUCAGCCCGAAAUCUCCGCUAGCGCCACCGCACAUCGAGGAGCAGCAGAGAAACGAAUAUCUCUUCAUGAUCUACAGCAUCGAGGAGUAGUAAGGAGUUUGGGGAAAUUCCAUUUCAUCAU